GCAGUCGGCGGCCAUCGUAUUCCAGCUGAUCGGUGUAUUUAGGUUUUUUUUUUUUGCACUUUGUUUUUGUUGUGUUUCUUUUCCUCUUGUCACUUUAGUGUUUUUUGUUGUAUUGCAUGUGUCUCACUCGCCCGGGAACUUUCGUCGGUGUUAUCACGGUGUGCCGCAUAUCAUAUCGUCGUUUAUUGUCAACCGCGAGCGAACGUGCGAUACAUGGCACGUUUGAUGUGCACUACAGUCCAGUUCAGAUCGCUGCCCAGUAUUGUAUUGUUAUUAUUAUUGCACAAUCGCAUGUUAUUCCACUGUCGAAUUCGACGCCCAGAUUGCCGUGCUGCCGUUUCCGAUUCUGCUCGCGACGGCCGUACUUGAGAGACGAUUGUCGAAAACAAUAGCGUGGACGAGUGAAAUGACCUACAGUGAAAAUGUGGUGUUUCGUAAGUCAACCCAACGCCGUCGUCAUAGAAGUCAGGCUUGACCAUAAGGCCAAGGGCCUGGAAUGCCUCGAAAAGGUUUGCGAAUGUUUGGGCAUUAAUAAAGAAUGUGACUACUUCGGCUUGCAGUAUAAAACUGUCAAAGGUCAAGAUGUAUGGUUAAAUUUAAGGAACCCAAUUGAAAACCAAAUUAAUGGUGUUCAACCAUACAGAUUUGCACUUAGAGUCAAAUUUUGGGUACCACCACAUUUAUUGUUACAAGACUCUACACGCCAUCAGUUUUAUUUGCAUGCCAAAUUAGAGCUAUGUGAAGGUCGUCUGAAGCCGACCGAUAGUCGGGUCAUAAGUAAAACUAUAGUAUUAUUGGCACAAGCCGAAAUCGGCGAUUGUGAUGAUUUGGUUCAGUCCCAGUUCUAUGGUCAAUGGUGUGAAUACCUCGGUGUAUCUAUGGACGACGAGGAAUCAAUCAGUCGUAUUCAAAAACUUCAAUCGGAUAUAAAGGGUAUGAAGCAAUCUACUGCUGAGUAUUGGCUGAUUAAAGAAGUGUCUAGCUUGGAAAACUUUGGUGAGGAACUGUUCGAAGGAAGGACUGCCACCGGAUCGCCAGUUAUGGUUGGAGUAGGUCCACACGGUAUCAGUCUAGAACAGCCGGAACAGGAAAAACAAGUGAUUCCUUAUACGGCAAUACGGAGUGCAGCUAGUCAUCGUCGAGUGUUCGAGAUGUGGUAUCUGGCCGGCGUUGAGCAUUCGGAAACUCUAUUAGCAUUAAAACUAGAGUCUAGUCUAGGGGCGAACACUCUGUACAGAGCGCUAACAGAAAAGCAUGCGUUCUAUAGUUGCGAAACGGUCAGAGGUGCUGUCACUUCACAAUACAUUAGAGAUCUCAAGGGUACAAUCAUAUCUAUAUUUAAUGAAGAUUCGCCGUUGGGCAAAAAAUAUGUGUUUGACAUACAGCGGACGUGUAGAGAAGUGCAUGAUAAUGCUCGCCGUGCGUUGUAUGACCAGCAAAACAAAGCAACCCCUACCAGUUCAACAGUAGCGUUGAGCGCACCCGAACCUGAACCGUCCAAGUCCCAAGACAGUUACAGGCUCGCUAAACUCAUUGACGCCCUUACAUGUCGUAUUUGCAUGGAUGCUACCAUCGAUCACGUUUUCUUUCCGUGCGGUCACGUUAUCGCGUGCGGUACUUGUGCAAAACGCUGCGACGCUUGCCCGCUAUGUCGAGGAACCAUCGAAGAGUCUAGACAUGUUUUCAUACCGACAUUGGCCGAUUUACCCGGUUUCCACCAUUGAGAAGAUGUGUGGAAAUAUUUGUAUCCUGUUGACAAUGCACUGCCAAAUCGGAUAUGCUCGUCUGUGAUAAUAAUAAAUAUUAUAUACAUAUGUGUAUCAAAACUUCCUAUACUUUCAUACUUAUUUAUUUUUACAAUUUUUGAUUUUAUAAUAUCUUAUGUUUGUUCUUUUUGAAGUAUUAAUAAUUAAAAUGAUGAAAUAUUUCUAUUAAUCUGUCAUUAAUUAUUUUUAUAUUAUGUAUAUCAUACGAAUCUUAAGUUUAUUUUUCAUUACAAACGCCUAUUUUGUGUAUUAAGUUUGUUUUGUAUUACCAGCAAACUAUUAAUAUGAAUGUCAUAGACGACACAAUUGUUCUUUGUUAUUUUUAUUUAAUAUAUUUGUAACGUAUGAUUAAAAUGAAAACUUAAAAACAAAAAUAUUAACAAUUAGAAUAUUAUUAGGUAUAG